AUGCCGCUUCUGUUCGUCUGGGCCAAGCCAGUCACAGCAGGAUUCCUUUGGAGCACCUUGAGAAUGAGCAUGUGCACCCCACCCACACUCGUGCAGCUGGCAGCAGAGAGCCUGCUGAAGGACCAGGCCUCGGCCAUCGCAGCUCUGGAGUACCUACCCGCUGAGCUCUUCCCGCAGCUGUUCUUGCAGGCCUACCUUGGUAGACACUAUUCAAUCCUGACAGCGAUCACGAAAGCCUGGCCCUUCACUGUCCUCCCUCUGGGGAGUCUGAAUGAUCUACCUCCUGUCGAUGUUUUAAAAGCCGUGUUGGAUGGGCUUGACAUUCUGCUUGCCCAGGAGGUUCGCCCCAGGAGGUGCAAACUGCGGGUGCUGGAUUUAAGGUACAUGGGUUCUUACUUCUGGAGAAUAUGGUGUGGAAACAACAUCCAGGAAUACUCACCGAUUUUUCCAGUGACUGAGCACAGGUCCAGCCCCAACAUGGAGCACCCCUUAGCUCCCAUGGAGGUGUUCCUAGACCUUCACUUCAAUAUAAGCAACAGGACAAAGGUUUCCAUGUACGUCGUCCAAUGGGUCCAGCAGAGGAAAGAGCUGCUACACCUGUGCUGCAGGAAGUUGUGGGUUGCUGGGGUGCCCUUCCACAGGGCGAGGAAGUUCCUGGAUGUGGUGCAGCUGGACUGUAUCCAGCAGGUGGAACUGAACUGCACCUGGCACCUGACCACCCUGGAGAAGUUUGCUCUUUAUAUUGGGCAGAUGAGGAACCUGCAGAAACUCUAUCUCUUACACAUCCAAGUGCUGGGUGAGGAGGGGGAGGAGGAGGAAGAUGAGCUGGAUUGGGAGGAGGAAGAGGAACUGGAUUGGGAGGAUGAUGAGGAGCAGGAUUGGGCGGAUGAUGAGGAGCAGGGUUGGGAGGAUGAGGAUGAGCAGGAUUUGGAGGAGGAAGAGGAAAUGGAUUGGGAAGAGGAAUGGGCAGGGGAGGAGCUGGAGGAACAGAUAUCCUUUUCCCAGUUUUUCUCUCAGAUGCUCAGCCCACUGCACCUCCGCGAGCUGGCCCUGAAUUCCCUCUCCUUCCUCCAAGGACGUCUGCACCAGAUGCUCAGUUGCCUGCAGUUCCCCUUGGAAAUACUCAUCAUAAGACAUUGCGGACACCUUACCCAUUCAGACCUGGAACACCUGUUCCAGUGCCCAAAACUCAGGCAGCUGAAGUCCCUGCGUCUGUAUUGUGCCAACCUCGCUGAUUUUAGUCCUGAGCCCCUCCGAUCUCUGCUGGAGGCAUUGGCACCCACCCUCCAGGUACUGCACCUCGAGAACUGUGCCAUGGUGGACUCUCAAGUGGAAGCCAUCCUGCCUGUCCUGAGCAACUGUCACCAGCUGAGAGAGUUCACCAUCAUAAAGAACCGCCUCUCUGUGGCCACGGUGGAGAAGUUGCUGCACCACACAACCGGGCUGCGCAGCUUAGAAUAUGAGCAUUACCCGGUCCCCCAGGAGUGUUACACGGCCCAGGACACUGUCAACCAGGACAGACUCGCCCAGGUCCAGGCUGAGCUGAAGGGGAUUCUGAGGGAGUUAGGACAGCCCAGGACCAUCAAGCUUGCCACCGACAGCGGCUCCAUCGAGUUUUAUGACGUUGAAUUUUCAUGA